AUGGGGGCGCCCUCGACUGCCGGACUCGCAGCCUUCGGCCGGCGGCCGGGCUCCGGGGACUCGAAGCUGGAGGCCCCAGCCGAGGAGGACGUGUGGGAGAUCCUGCGACAGGCGCCCCCGUCCGAGUACGAGCGCAUCGCCUUCCAGCACGGAGUCACCGACCUGCGGGGCAUGCUCAAGAGGCUCAAGGGCAUGAAGCGCGACGAGAAGAAGAGCACAGCCUUCCAGAAGAAGCUGCAGCCGGCCUACCAGGUGAACAAGGGCCACAAGAUCCGGCUGACCGUGGAGCUGGCCGACCCCGACGCCGAGGUCAAGUGGCUGAAGAAUGGACAGGAGAUCCAGAUGAGCGAGAAGAAGCUGGAGGUGUAUCAGAGCAUCGCCGACCUGACGGUGGGCGCCAAGGACCAGGCCGUGUUCAAGUGCGAGGUGUCGGACGAGAACGUGCGGGGCGUGUGGCUGAAGAACGGGAAGGAGCUGGUGCCCGACAGCCGGAUAAAGGUGUCCCACAUCGGGCGGGUCCACAAACUGACCAUCGAUGACGUCACGCCUGCGGACGAGGCUGACUACAGCUUCGUGCCUGAGGGCUUCGCCUGCAAUCUGUCCGCCAAGCUCCACUUCAUGGAGGUCAAGAUUGACUUCGUGCCCAGGCAGGAGCCCCCCAAGAUCCACCUGGACUGCCCUGGCCGCAAGCCGGACACCAUCGUGGUUGUGGCCGGGAACAAGCUGCGCCUGGACGUCCCUAUCUCCGGGGACCCUGCUCCCACUGUGAUCUGGCAGAAGACCAUGACACAGGGGAAAAAGGUCCCAGCUGGGCCGGCGCCUGAUGCCCCAGGGGAUGCAGGUGCCAGUGACGAGUGGGUGUUUGAAAAGAAGCUGCUGUGUGAGACCGAGGGCCGGGUCCGAGUGGAGACCACCAAGGACCGCAGCAUCUUCACCGUCGAGGGGGCAGAGAAGGAAGACGAGGGUGUCUACACCGUCACCGUGAAGAACCCCGUGGGCGAGGACCAGGUCAACCUGACAGUCAAGGUCAUCGAUGUGCCGGAUCCCCCUGCGGCCCCCAAGAUCAGCAACGUGGGCGAGGACUCCUGCACGGUGCAGUGGGAGCCGCCCGCCUACGACGGCGGGCAGCCGAUCCUGGGCUACAUCCUGGAGCGCAAGAAGAAGAAGAGCUACCGGUGGAUGCGGCUGAACUUCGACCUGCUGCGGGACCUGCAGCACGAGGCGCGGCGCAUGAUCGAGGGCGUGGUGUACGAGAUGCGCGUCUACGCGGUCAACGCCAUCGGCAUGUCCAGGCCCAGCCCUGCCUCCCAGCCCUUCAUGCCCGUUGGCCCCCCCAGCGAGCCCACCCACCUGGCGGUGGAGGACAUCUCCGACACCACCGUGUCCCUCAAGUGGAGGCCCCCGGAGCGCGAGGGAGCCGGAGGCCUGGAUGGCUACAGUGUGGAGUACUGCCAGGAGGGCGGCUCCGAGUGGGUGGCGGCCCUGCAGGGGCUGACGGAGCGCACCUCGAUGCUGGUGAAGGACCUGCCCACGGGGGCCCGGCUGCUCUUCCGGGUGCGGGCACACAAUGUGGCCGGACCUGGAGCCCCCGCCACCACCAAGGAGCCCGUGACGGUGCAGGAGAUCCUGCAGCGGCCACGGCUCCAGCUGCCCAGGCACCUACGCCAGACCAUCCAGAGGAGGGUCGGGGAGCCCGUGAACCUCCUCAUUCCUUUCCAGGGCAAGCCCCGGCCUCAGGUGACCUGGACCAAAGAGGGGCAGCCAUUGGCGGGCGAGGAGGUGAGCAUCCGCAACAGCCCCACGGACACCAUCCUCUUCAUCCGGGCCGCUCGCCGCGCCCACUCUGGCACCUACCAGGUGACGCUGCGCAUCGAGAACAUGGAGGACAAGGCGACGCUGGUCCUGCAGAUCGUUGACAAGCCAAGUCCUCCCCAGGACAUUCGGGUGACAGAGGCGUGGGGCUUCAAUGUGGCUCUGGAGUGGAAGCCACCCCAAGACGAUGGCAACACCGAGAUCUCGGGGUACACGGUGCAGAAAGCAGACAAGAAGACCAUGGAGUGGUUCACGGUCCUGGAGCAUUACCGCCGCACCCACUGUGUGGUGUCCGAGCUCAUCAUCGGCAACGGCUACUACUUCCGGGUCUUCAGCCACAACAUGGUGGGGCCCAGUGACAAAGCCGCCACCACCAAGGAGCCCGUCUUCAUCCCCAGACCAGGCAUCACAUAUGAGCCGCCCGACUACAAGGCCAUGGACUUCUCCGAGGCCCCAAGCUUCACCCACCCCCUGGUGAACCGCUCGGUCAUCGCCGGCUACAAUGCUACUCUCUGCUGUGCCGUCCGAGGCAGCCCCAAGCCCAAGAUCUCCUGGCUCAAGAACGGCCUGGACCUGGGAGGAGACGCCCGCUUCCGCAUGUUCAGCAAGCAGGGCGUGCUGACCCUGGAGAUCAGAAAGCCCUGCCCCUACGACGGGGGUGUCUACGUCUGCAGGGCCACCAACCUGCAGGGCGAGGCGCAGUGUGAGUGCCGCCUGGAGUGCCUCAGUGACCAGGCUGCCUCCUCGGGGACGGCCAGAGGUGCCACCGGAUGCCAGCUGUGUGCCAGGAGCCUGAGGGGAGCUGGACAAGCCUCCUCCCGCUGCUGGACACGUGUGCGCGGUGUGACCGGGCCGGCUGGAGCAUCACAGGCUGCAGAGUGGUGACGAGCAGGCGUGGGGACUGUGCAGACUGACCCUUCAGCUCCCGCUGAAGCUCUCAGAUCGUGGGGGCGAAGAGCGAGUGAGCUCGGGAAAUGAUGGCUGCGGACGUCUUUCUGGCCUGCCACGCUCUCCCGGGGGGUACGGGCAAUAAAGAUCAGUGCAGCACA